AUGUCAUUUGGCAUAUUAAAUAGCAAAUGUAAGCAAGAUAAAUAUCAUGAAGUUCUCAGUCUCAUGAACACUGCCUUCCUCACAAACAGAUUUUGUAUAACUGCAAAUAAUCAUUCAGGAUUCCUGUGUGAUGACCGUGUCACCUGUUUGCAAUCUUCUCAAGUUUGCCACAGGAUUGAGGAUUGUUUGGACAAUGCUCAUGAACCUGCAAUGUGCAGUGACUUGCCGCACAAUCUACCAAGCUAUCUUGUGUUUAGAUGUGGCAAUCCUAAUUCAUGGAUUUACACUGACCAAGUGUGUAAUGGGUUCAACAACUGUGGAGAUUGCUCAGAUGAAUCAGGACCACUGUCCAACUGUCUUCCGUGUGGGCCACAGUACUGGAGCUGCAAAUCUGUUGUCUCUCAGUACUGUAACUGCAUUCCUAGAGAACUGUGCAGGGAUGAUGUACAACACUGUGUGGAUUGGUCAGAUGAGUACACCUGUCCUGUAAACUGAUGCCAGAAGUGGGAAGGAAUAGCAUAACACCAAGGAUGAU